AUGCUGCAGCGCGACUGGUUCCGAAACACCGAGACAGCGCCACGGGCCGACCGGAAGGGCGGCGCGGGCACACCGAAGGCUGGAACGGCUCGACGUCAGAGCGCGUGUCUCACCAGCGAGGUCAACGAGGAGGAGCCAUCGGUGCUGGCAGAACACGCAGCUGCGGACGCGAACGCCGCCGGCGCGCGCACCGACGGGUCCCCGGCGGCGCAGGCCGAGGUCGUGCAGUACGGCGCGUCGGACAAGCAGGCUGCGCUGGCCUCGUCGCUACGGCGCUUCCUGGCGCAUGUAGAGGGCACGCAGGAGCUGCCGCCGCUGGAGGUCCUGGAGGAGCUGGGCGCGAAGCUGCACGCCAGCACGGACUUGCCUGACACAGACCUGCUCAGCUGCUUCAUGGCGGCGGCGGGGGGCGCGGUCCUGAGGCACGAGGCGGCUGCGAUUGACGACGCAGCUGACGGUGCUGCGGAGGAGUGCCGGGAGGCGUGCGCGGCCCUGCAGACCGCAGCUACGUGCCUCAACGUCAUGGCGCGCCCCAAGGUCGCGUCUAGCCUGAUCCAGGAGGACCUGAUCGACGCCGUCGUGGAGGUCACGGCCAAGCACCUGCGCGCCAACGUCCUGGGUUUCGUCGACCCGAAAAUCGGCGUCACGUACCGCGGGCGCGGCGACGACGGUGCGGAGAACGGGGAGCCGUCGUCGACGAAGAAGAAGAAGGCGAGCGCACGGAAGACGCCAGCGAAGAAGGCGAGCAGGAAGACCCUCGUUCCCGCGGCGUUCGCCCCGCUGGCCAGCAAGCUCGAGCUGUGUCUGCAGCAGCUGGCGCACCUGACGGCGAGCGUGGCCGUCUCCAACGAGGCCACGAUGGUCCUCAUGCGGCUCGCCAUCCAGACCCUCGCGAUCGACACCCGCGAGUGCCUCCUCCUCCAGCAGAGCGCCGCCGCGCUCCUCGUCGCGCUGUUCGGCCACCGCUCCGACAUGCAGGCCACCAUCAUGGAGGAGUUCGUCGCCAAGGUCCUCCUCGUCGAACGCAGCGCGACCACGAGCGACGACGGCGACGUGCGGCCGUGCACGGCGGCGCUGACCCGCAUGCUGCUCGCCGUCUGCCAGCAGCCGCGCCUGGGCACGACCGGCGCUGAGCCGGUGGACGCCGGCCUGUCGACCGCGCUGUACUGGGCCGACUUCGUGUGCUCGAAGCUGCUGCAGCCCCUGCACGACGCGCGCUCGUCCAAGCUCCAGGGCGACGUCGACGUCAAGGCGUGCGUGCAGGCGGUGCUGGCGGACUGCAUGGCAGUGGUGUCCGCGGCCAAGCACCCGUCCGCGUACCUCGUGCUCCUCAGGAUGGGCGUGCUCCUGUCCGGGAAGGCGGGCGCGCACCGCGACGCGCACGUCCGGCAGCAGAGCGUCGACCUGCUGCGGACGCUCAUUCUGGGCCUGUGGCGCGAGUAUGUACUGGCUGAGACUGAUGCGGUGUGGGCGUCGAACGUCACAGGGAGCGACUUCGCGGACGGGCUGUUCGCCGGUGCGGGCGACGCGUACCCCGCGACGGCGAGCGCCGCGCGCAUGAUCCUCCCCGCGGUUGCGCGCGACCCGCUCGUGGCCCAGUUUUGGUGCUGCCGCAUCAGCGCUGAGACGCAGCAGCUCAACAACGGCGAGGGCGCCGCCGGCGCGGACCCCUCGUGGCUCGACGAGUGCGCUCGGUACUGGGGUGACGCCGCGCCGAACGGCCUUGCCGCGGGCGCGCUGCCCAUGUCUGACGCUGAGGUCGACCGCCUGUGUCGCGUGGUCACGCACAGCGGCGUGCUGUCGCGGCUGCGCAACUCCCUUCUGCUGGCGCUGCUCGACGCGUGUUCCUCGCGGCAGGUCGCGAACACGCGCGCGAAGGCCAUCAAGGCGCUUGGUGCGCUGGCGGAGGUGGACCCGCGUGUGCUGCGCCUGCGAGACGUCAAGGAGGCGGUGGACAAGGCGCUCGCGGACGACGCGAUCAUGACGCGCGAGGCCGCGGUGGACCUCAUCGGGAAGCACAUGGCCACCGACGGCGAGAUCGCGAUGUUGUUCUUCGACACGGUGUGCGCCGCGGCCAGCGACGUGGGGCUGAGCGUCCGGAAGCGCGCGCUCCGGGUGCUGUGGGACGCGUGCGUCGAGACCGGCGACUGCGUGCGCGAGAGCGAGGCCGUGCUGUGCGUGAUGCAGCGGGCCAACGACCCCGAGCCGUCGGUGCAACACCUGGCACGCAGCCUGUUCCGCGAGCGCUGGGCGCACGGCGGCGGGCCGAAGGAGGAGCACGUGGCGCGCGUCGCGGGCCAGCUCGCCGGCAUCGCGUCCAAGCUGUACGAGGCGGCGGGGGGGGGUCUCGCCCUCCCGCUGUCGCACGACGAGCCGCUGGUGGCCAUCCUGGCCGACGCGUUCGGGGCCGGCGACGGCGAGGCGACCAAGGCCGCGGGGAAAGCCAAGCUGAGCUUCGGGCGCGCGGUCUGCCUCGCGCUGGCGAACGGCCUGCUCGAAGUGCGCGACGCGGACGCCGCGCGCGCCACGCCGGACACGGACCCAGGCUGCGGGCACCUCGUGGCGCUGCACGCGCUGGCAACGGCGGACGCGGCGCUGGUCGUGCCGCCGUCGGAGCCGCUGAUGCUUGUGCGGCUGCUGACGCCGCACCUGAAGGUCGACACGAGCGGCCCCGCGGCGCGCGCGCAGGCGGACGCGCUGGUGUGCGUGCUGCACGUGGUGACGAGCGCGCUGCGCGUGGCGGAGCACAUCCCCGACGGCGAGGGCAACGAGCUGGCGCGCGACCUGCACCGCCUCAUUUCCGGGCACGGCUACAUCCAGGCGGUCACCGCCGCGUGCCAGUGUCUGUCGGCGCUGGGACACAUCCACACGCGCGCCGCGGCCUACACCGCGCGGCUGGCGGGGCAGAUCCUCGCGCGGCUGUCCGCGGUCGAGGCGGAGCUGCGGCAGUCCGCGCCGGCGAGCUGGCGCGACGAGACGGUGGGUCUGGCGGCGCGCGGCAUGUUUUGUCUGGGCAACCUGUGCCGCUGGGGCCGCGCGCACCUCCUCGAGUGGGGCGCCGAGAUCGACGGCGCGUGCGUCCCGGACGACUGCCUCGCCGUCUUCGUACAGUUCGAGCUCCUCGGCGGGCAGGACAGCCGCCUGCAGGAGGCAGCGGUGGGGGCCAUUGGGCACAUCGCGGCGGAGGAGCCGGCCGUGCUGGUCCGCGACGACUGCAACGCGAUCCUGCAGCGCGCGCUGUCCGCCGCGGCGCCCGCCGGCGUCACCGCGCGCGCCCUCGUGUGCCUGCGCGACCUCCUCGAGACGCACGAGCGGCAGCUGCAGGAGCAGCAGGCAGCGGCGCUCGCCGACGCACAGGCGCGGAACGAGGGCACCGCGGUGCCGGACGCGAAGCCCGCGGCGCUUGCGACGGUCAACGGCGCGUCGGACAGCACGUCGCUGGCCGGGUCGGUCAUCCAGCGCUUCUGGGACGAUGUGCUGUCGUGUGCGCUGCGCGCGGACGCCGGGGCGUCGUUUGGGGUGCGCGCGGCGGAGACGUCGCCGUCGUCGCUCGUGCGGCUGCGCGUCCUCGAGCUGGUGAGCGUGGUGUACCGCGGAGGGCUGGUCGCACCGUGGACGGGCGUGGCGCACAUCGUGGCGCUGGCAACCGACCCCGCGCCGCACAUCCGCGCGGAGGCGCUCAGGAUCUUCCGCACGCUCGUGGCGAAGCACCCGCAGUUCAUCGACGCGCGCAUCGGCGACGGGAUGGUCGCGGUGCACGACUUCCAUGACCGGCUGGCGGGGGGGCUGCAUGCCGAGGGCGGGGGCCUCGCGGUGCCGCGCGCCGCGACGGAGGGGCUAGCGGCGGUGUACGAGGCGAUCAAGGAGGUGCGCGGCCUGCGCGCGAAGUUCCUGACCGCCGCCCUGCGCCGGCUGGAGCAGGCGUGCUCGCAGGGGCACGCGCCAGAGGGCCCCGCGCAGCUGCAGGCGCUAGCGUUCGCGGCGGGCCUGUGCGCGUCGCUGCCCGUGCGUAAGGCCGACGAGGCGCUCACGAUGAUCGCGGCCAUCGACAGCACCGUCGCGCGGCGCGGCGAGCUGGUGCAGGCCGCGCUGGCCGAGGGGCUCGCCGCGGGCGACGACGCAGCAGGCGGGGAGCUGCCGGCGGGCGUGCGCAGCGAGGCGGCCAUUGCAACGGUGCUGUGCAUCCUUCUGCAGCUGCGGCGGCAUCUGAAGGGCGUGUAUGGCAUCACGAACGAGCGCGUGGCGCUGUUCAACACCAACGACGAGCACCGCAAGCAGGAGGAGCGCGCGACGGUGGCCGCGCACGGCACGACGGACUUCGCGCUCACGGACCUGGACCUGGCCGCGCCGCUCGACAGGGCGCGCGCGGGGCAGCUCCUGCAGCACCUGACGGCACUGCUGGCCGAGGUCGAGGACGUGGACUGCCAGGCCGCGCUGUCGACGCGCGGGAAGAAGCGGAGGCGCAGGGUCGUGAAGGAGCAGGAGGCGGGCGCGGAGGGCGACGCGGGCGAGGACGCGAACGGGGUUGGGCAGGCGGAGGCGCCACGCAAGAGGCGUGCACCGACGCGUGGGCGCGGGAGGGGGCGUGGGAGGCGGGGCGCGGGGCGGCGGGGCGCGGGGCGGCGGUCGAAGUGGUCGGACGACGAGGACACCGACGUGGACAUGGGCGGCGACUCGUCUGAGUCGGACUGA